UGGGGAGGAGAGCUCGAGACGGCAGCAAGAGGGCGAGCAAGACCAGUACGGUCGUUAUCCGCCUGUUCCCACCUUGUAACUUUGCGGGAGGGAGGAACUGAACCAUGGAUGCGGCCGUCUGAUGGGCCGCUUUAUCCAUAAAAAGCCGGAGGAGAGCCUUCUUGUCGCCCAGGUCGGUUGUUUAGAGUCUGAUCUUCUAGAAGUACUCAGCCAUCCCAGCACAUGUGUGUGUGUGCGUGUGUGUGUGUCUGCAUAGUUAUAUCUGCAUCUGCGUCUGCAAACUGUAACCAACCGACUGUCAACUGCUGGACAGGCAGUCAGUGACGGUGUCCUCGAGAGCGUCACCACCCAGUAUCAAGACCGACGACGGGGGCCCCUUGAAAACCAAAGCUUUCGGCCAUCCUGAGUCGCCAUUAGCUCGCCGUCCGUCUUCUUGCCCGCAUGUUGUACGUCUCCAUGCCACACAGCAGACAUCGUCUCUCCUCCUCGCUCGCCCACCAGCCAGUCUCUGGCGUCCAAUUCGGUAUGUCAUUCGUGCGAGUUGUCCUGCCUGGCUCCCCCUAUCCUCCUGCCAUGUCUCUCUGCGUGUCCUGGCUCUGCUCAGUGGCUGGACAUUCUCCUUCUCCGUCUGCCUCUGUUGCUGCUGCUGCUGGCUGUGUCGUGGUCCUUUUUUUUGCUUGUCGUCGAAGAAGGAAGAAGCGGCGGCGGCAGAAUCAAAAAGCGGUCGCCAAAACGGCCAACGCCAGCCUCAUUCUGAAUUUUCACCUUCGCCUUUUCGUCUCAACCACAACAACAACCACAACACCAACACCAACCACACCUCACGCAGCAGCGACAGCAGCGGCAGCGGCAGCCAGGUCUUUUCCUUUCGCUCCCCCUGCUAGAUGAGAAGCCUCUGCUAACCUCUGGCCGUCUCUCCGGCAGGCUCCCUUCCAAUUGACCUGGGUGUGGUCUCUGCGUGACGGGCAACAGUCCAACCAAGACCCUGCACAUACCGAACUUUUCCCUCUUCCCUUAUAUUUUUAUUUAUUUUUUUUUUUCUUAUUUCUAUUUUUUCCCCUUCCUCGCACUGUUUUAUUGAUAUUGCUACUACUACUAUUACGAUGAAUCCUCCUUGCCUCCUCUAGUUACACGAAGGAAAAGCAGCGCUCCUGUCCUUUUUCGCUGCUGGGUGGCUGCAUGUAAAAGGCCCGUUUCUCGUUUGCCGCUGGAGGACCAAGGAGCCAGAGCCUCCAGCCGUAUCCUUCACACCUGGUCGACAGGCUCUCCAACUCCCCCUCCCGCCUCGCCGGUUAUUUCUUAUGGACAUUUCGCGCCUGUCUAGCCAGUCAUCCAGGUCAGCUGUCACGCUGUCGAGCCCAAGCUCGCCUCGCGUCGUGCUGCAUGGCCAUCUCAAUUGCCGACGCACCAGGCCCAUUCUUGUACCCAUUCUUCCUCAUGCCUGACCUCAAGGCCGCUCCCCCGGUCAGACACAGCUUAUUCCACCGCCUUGGACUUCGUAGCUGGCUGGGGAGGGACGGCGAAGGCAUCGAAUCUCACUCUCAGUUCAUUGCCCGAGAAUUGAGCCGCCAGCGCCUAGCGGGCAUUCCUUCUUCAAAUGCAAAACGUGUGCACGAUGAUAACGAAAGCGACGUCAACUAUGAUGACGAUAUCGACGGUGUGACUUCGGUGGCAGACAGUGAGCAGUUGGCAGGCUCCCUCCCCCAGGCCAGUCCGUCUAAUGUUACCGUUGGUUUGCCCAGAGCCCCAACCUUUAAACGACAGAAUUCAGAGCGCCGCGACCACCUUACCCCUUCGGAGUCUGGCCUAGGACACAGACGGGCCUACUCUGCUGACCGCCAGGGAGAUAUAGGGCCUUGUAGAACAAGCUCUCCCCUCCCGGCUUAUUCUCCCCGGAAUUCCGUGCCAGAUUUACCCACAAAAGACUAUCAUGUAUCGGCCCAGGCAUCUCCCACCUUGAUCAACGAUGAACCGUCCCCACUUCAACGUGACCCCGAACUGGGGCAAAGGCAAUCGCAAACUGACCUAGCUUCGGAAUACGGACCUCCCUCUGAAGGUACUAUCGAUAAUGAACUAGAAGCCGAACUCGACAAGAAAUGGAUCCUUAACCUUAGCAUGAGGUUCAGGGACAAGUCUGACCGUGAAAAAUUCUUCAUCACUUAUGCUGAGGCCUCGAACAGAUGGCGGAAAGUUACCGUGUCUUGCGACUACCGUAAUGCCGAACCUAACUCACUUGAGUCUGACCUGAAAAAGCUACAAUACCACCGUGAAAAAAAUGCUCAUAUAUAUGAAUCAAUUCGCGAGUCUAUCGAUGAGAUUCAAUUUUAUGAUACUGUCACAAAUCUUAAACUGGAAACUCGGGACGGCCGUCUCCACGUUCAUGUUACCGAGGAUGUGAACGAAGUUAUCAUUUUCCCUCCAAUCUCCAGCGUCGAGUAUCUCAACCCCUUGUUUAUUCCCGAAAGCGAACUAGAUUUUGAUUCUCACUUAUCCGGCUUUGUUUACCGAGUGAAGUACCAUGGAAAGGACUACGUGAAGAAGGAAAUCACUGGCCCAGAUACUGUUGAGGAAUUUCUCUACGAAAUCAACGCUCUUCACGCUCUUCUUGAUUCGACCAAUGUUAUCAAUUUUAGAGCAAUUGUUGUUGAUGACUCCGGGACUUUGGUCAAAGGACUCUUGAUAGACUACGCAGAACAGGGCGCCUUGGCUGAUUUGUUUUACGACUUCAAGGGUGAACUUUCUUGGAAAAGGAGAGAACGCUGGGCAAAACAGAUCAUUAAGGGACUUGGGGAUAUUCAUGAAGCAGGCUUUGUCCAGGGAGACUUUACCGUAUCCAACGUUGUUGUGGAUGAGCAUGAUAAUGCAAAAAUAAUUGAUAUCAACCGCCGAGGCUGCCCGAUUGGAUGGGAACCACCAGAGUUUGCCAAAAAGUUGGAGAGUAAACAAAGAAUAUCCAUGUACAUUGGCGUGAAGUCGGAUCUUUAUCAACUAGGGAUGACUCUUUGGGGCCUGGCCAUGGAAGAGGAUGAACCAGGCAGGCAGCCACGACCGCUCCUUAUACCGGAAGAUAUGAAAAUCCCAGCUUAUUUCAGGAGAAUAGUUGAUAUUUGCCUCAGCGAACGUCCACAGGGCCGUUUAUCCGCUAAGGACCUCCUUGCCUUGUUUGAUGAUCAAAGAGAUGAAGUUUUCCCCAGUCCUGGAGCGGACGUACCCCGUUAUGCUCCCAUGCAAGAUCUCAACGGUGUAUACCAAGGCUAUCCCUACAGCAAUUACAAUUAUCAACUGGCUUCAGUGUACAUGGACCAACAUCCCAAGGGUAUGCACUAUACCAAUGUACCCAUAGGAGAUCGCCUUCGAUAUCAACACAUGGGGGUCGAGCCGGUGAUAAUGCCUCCAUCGAGGAAUAGUCCUGAUUUCCAUUGUGUGAAUAACAACUUACAAGCUGCUCACAACGGCGAGCAUGGCCUCCCCGGUUCUCCACAUGGGCUUAAUCAUAAUGGACAGUAUCUACCUCCCGGAAGUCACUGGGCGAAUGGUCAUAAUCCGGUGCCGUACUAUAACCCUGCAUUUGUUAGACCCGCACUGGCUUCACAUCAUACUUCCAUGGGUUUAGCUGAAAUGGAGCUCUUGGACCGUCAGGAUAGAGAGACAGAAUCUGACCCUCGAUUUGAUGAUUUUGGACCUGUAGAUCUCCCAGUGCAUUCUGAACGCGGAUGCCCCGUUGACGAAGACCAUAUUCAUGAAAUCCAGGACCAUGUUGAAACCGACCCCUCGUACCUAGUGGAUGACCCUUACCCAACACCUGAUCAAGCCCAUCUUCCUCUUGACUCCCUCCCUUCCCCUGAAUAUUAUGACGAUUCCCGACUGGAAUACAAUCCCGAAGUUAAGCACACUAUUCAGGUAGAUCCGCCAAACGAUCGGGAAGGAAUUAACUACCCCAAACCAGUCCUUGGCCUUGGGGAUCUCUCUAGUUCUCGUCUGCCAAUCAAUCCGGACUUUAUGAAAACCACUGGCUGUGACUUGGCUACGCACCAUUCUGAUAUCUCUUCAUCUGGAACAACCUCCUUUGGACAGCCAAUUUCCAAUGAUACCCUUUUCACUUCUAGUUUACCAAUAAAUCUCCGAUAUGAGGAACUUCCAUCCAAGCCUGUGUCUUUGAAUAAGUAUGCCGAUGACGAUUUCUUAACCUCAAGUUUGCCGAUUAAUCCGGCUUAUGUCGAUCCUUUAGAUCGUGACACUUCUCCACGCGAACGAACUAGCAAGACGUUUAGCGGCGGUAUAAAGUCUACGAUACCCCGGCUCCGGAUUACACCCCGAGACGACCUCUUCCACUCUGCCCUCCCGAUCAAUCCCUGCCACAGUGAGCAGAGUCUUGACAUUCACAGGAAGACGCCAUCGAGUCUUAAUCAAUCGCGAAGCAAGCUUGCUGCUCCUAAACCAGAACUAAUUCCUGAGCAAAAGUUAUCUGGAAAUACUGCCGUUGGCACCCUUCCGUCGUCUGACGCUUCACCCGUUACCUCUAAUGAUUUAUUCACAUCUUUGUUGCCGAUUAAUCCGCAAUUUUGUUUUCAGGAUUUCAGCGCCCGUCUGUCACACAACAACCUGUUUACAUCUAUUCUACCGAUUAAUCCCCGCCAUAAAGGACAAAUUAUCAGGCAACCCGGGAAUCUAGGUUCUCCUAUACGCCCUAGCCUUUGCUCCACGCAUACCCCAUCUAUUUCAGCCCCACCUCACCAAAUAAUAUCUCCACAACUGUCAUCAACCAUCUCAUCUUCGGACGACCUUUUUCUUUCAACCCUACCGAUAAACCCUCAACACAAAGGCAGACAGCCCGACCGUCUUACUCUUCCAUUUUUCAAAGCGGUUAGCAAUGAUCUCAUGUCGUCAAACCUGCCAAUUAAUCCGGCCUUCCCUCACCCCAACGCCUUCCUGGAGAAAAUUAUCUGAUUCCCAGAAGUUAUACAAGGCGACUACGAAUACCCCCUGCACUGAACUACUUACGUCAGUGCUACCUAUAAACCCGGCUGUUCGCACUUGAUUAUUCAACAACAUAGACGAGCGACUCAUAGUCAAUUGCCCCCGAAAGUACAAAACUCCAACUUCUCUCUACACCAAAUCCAUCUCAACAAAAAAUGCCACACUUUCCCACUUCGACACUUGUAUUUGAUACUGAAUGUUAUCUAAUUUCAGUCCAUUUAUUGCAUCAUCUAGUAGGAGGAGCGCGGUGUUUUCCCUUUGCCCUAUUGUUACCCAUUUCGUUUGUUUCUCCCCCCCUUUUUUUUCGUUUGUUCUUCCAUAUGUCAUUUCGUUUUAUCGUUUGCUCAUUGAUCCGAUGUUUAUGCAUUUAUGUCUUACAUUUCUGCCCCUUGUUAUAAAUCAGCCAUUUUUUCCAUCCAUUUAUUUUAUUUCUUCCUAUAUACCCUAUAUAAUGACCUGUCUACACUUUUCAUACUCGGCAACGACCAAGA